GUGAAACGGCAACAUGGAUAUUUCUCGUGUGUGAUGAUUAGUAAAUGUUAUAUUUGUUAUUAAAAUUAUAAAAUUUUGUUAGCUUACAGAAUAAAUCCAGAUUAAAAAGAGAAUUUGAAUAAAAUAUUUGAAAAUGUGUAAGCAUUAUUAACAUUAUAGUCAUGCUGCACGAUAGAGAUCAAUUGGUUGCGACUAUAAGAGGAGUGCAUGAGGGACUCCGCAAAAGUUACCAGCAAACUUCUGGCAAUCACGAUGCAGUAUGGAUGACUCAUCUCAACGAUAUUGAGAAGAGAAAAGAAUAUUCAAAAGCUAUGUUUCAACUCGCAACUACUGCUUGGUUAGAAAAGAAUACGAGGAUAACUUGGUGUCAUCAGACUUGCAUUGAUUAUUUUUGUGGAGGGAAACUAAAGAGGUUAUUGGAGAAAUCAAACUUGUGUAAUGAUAAAGCAGAUAAUAAUUGUAUUAAUAAAAAGAUAAUUUUGCCACUUGUUGGGAAGGUAAAACUAUUAGAUGUCGGCAGUUGUUAUAAUCCAUUUUCUGUUUAUCCUGAAUAUCAAUGCACAGCAAUUGAUCUCACACCUGCUGUAGAGAAUGUGUUACAAUGUGAUUUUCUUCAGCUAAAAAUUUCGUCUCAACCAAAAGUCUCAAAUUUGUUGCAGUCGGAGGCAUUGACAGAACUUAGCGAGUGUACGUUUGACGUUGUUGUAUUUUCGUUAGUUUUAGAAUAUUUACCGGCACCGAAACAAAGAUUUGUGUUUUGUCAAAAAGCAUGGAAACUCUUGAAAUAUGACGGAUUAUUGCUCAUAGUGACUCCAGAUUCUAAAAAACAACAUUGUAAUGCUCCCAUGAUGAAAAAAUGGAGAUUGGCAUUGGAACAUAUUGGAUUUCAGAGGAUAGCUUACGAAAAACAGAGACACAUGCAUUGCAUGGCCUUUCGAAAGUUAUUUGUCGAGUCGAAUGAUAAAACGGAUGAUGAUAUUAUACAACUUCUUAGCAUUCCUCAAGAUUUUCAUCAUUAUGAAGAUGACAGUUUACAUGAAGAACAGAGAGAAAGAACUGAAGAAGAGAAUGAAAAUAUCCAAAUUUGUUUUACCGAAUUGCCUGCUUUUAUAGGAUGAUACAAAUAUUUUGAAGAUAUUUGAGGCUUGUAUAUAUUUGUAAACGGUAACAUUUUCAUAUAUUUUAAAUUUUAAUCUAUAGUU